UAUGGUGUUGCUUGGAAUAAGAUAUAGUAAGCAUGGAGUAUAGACUUGUGCAUGAAAUGCCCCAGUGGUUCAUAUUUUGUAGCUGAUGGCAAAGUAUCCUUUGAGACCCUAUGCUGGAGGAAGUAAUCUGUAUCUUCAUGUGUAUUAAAUUAUGAAUUACAUUUUUGCCAGUAAGCCCAAAUUUUAUUGAGGAUUUUUCUUUCCCUUCCUUGAACAAUAAAAUACUGUUUUCAUCUGCUGCUACCAUGGUAAUUACUUGUUAUACAGCAGAUUAUAAAAAUAUUCAGCAUUUGGUUGGAUCACAGACUUUGACAUUUUGGUUACUUUAAAAAACAAACUUCUUUACAGAUCAGAAAAAAAAACUUGUCAUCGUUGUUACAUACAGUAUUUUCUUCUUUUACUUUCUAAACUGGAAGAUGCUCUAUUUCAAGUAGUUGAAAUGUUCAGUACAAUCAGCAAUAAAUAUCACUGUGUAAAUAUCAGCAGUAAAUAUCCUUGUGUAAAUUCCACAUGGGAUAAAAGUAGUGCUGUGCAGAUUCUAGUUCCCCAUGUUUGCUAUUACUUAACACUUUUAUUUGCACUGGUUAAAUCAGUAUUUUUAUUUAAUCUUGGAAUGUAUCAAAUGGACUUUUAUUCAGCCCCUUUCAAUGCUAGUAGCAAACUUCCUACUGAAUACAGAAUGCUUUGUAUAGGCUGUCUUAUUUUAUUUGGGUAAGUUUUAUGGAAGUAAAAGCAGAUUAAAACCAUUUUUUAGGAUAGAAAAGGGAAACAUAAAAUACAGUGAAACUUUGCUACCCUUUGUGCUGCGCAGUCUGUCUUGUUAAUAAUUCCACUAAUAUUGCUUUUACUUAAUUUAAUGCUGAUUGCCUUUAACAUUUACUAAACAGUUUUGAAAAUUACUGUAGCUUAGCCUGAGACGUUUGUGAUUAGCUGCACCAAUUUGAAAUGGCCAGUUUGGAUGAUGACAGAUCCUCCUCUGCUCAUGCUUUUUUAGAAUUUGAGGGUCACAGAUUGUCUGGUUCCAUUUAUGAGCCACUUAAAAGUAUUAACCUUCUAAAACCAGAAGGGCAAAGUCUAUGGGAUAAAUUAGAUCAUUAUUACAGAAUUGUGAAAUCAACACUGCUGCUUCAUCAAAGCCCAACCACAGGUCUAUUUCCUACAAAGACCUAUGGAGACAACCAGAAGGCAAAAGUGCACGAUAACCUUUACUGUGCUGCAUGUGCCUGGGCGUUAGCCCUUGCUUACAGGCGUAUUGAUGAUGACAAAGGAAGGACUCAUGAACUAGAGCAUUCUGCUAUAAAGUGUAUGAGAGGAAUUCUCUACUGCUACAUGCGUCAGGCUGAUAAGGUUCAGCAGUUUAAACAAGACCCCAAACCAUCUGCAUGCCUUCAUUCUGUAUUUGGUGCACACACUGGAGAUGAGGUCCUUUCACAUAAGGAAUACGGUCACCUUCAGAUAAAUGCUGUGUCAUUAUUCCUCCUGUAUUUGGUUGAGAUGAUCUCUUCAGGCCUGCAGAUUAUCUACAACACCGAUGAGGUGUCCUUCAUUCAAAAUCUGGUGUUUUGUGUGGAAAGAGCGUAUCGUGUACCAGAUUUUGGUAUCUGGGAAAGAGGAAGUAAAUACAACAAUGGCACUACAGAGCUGCAUUCAAGCUCUGUGGGACUGGCAAAAGCAGCUUUAGAAGCAAUUAAUGGUUUCAAUCUCUUCGGAAAUCAGGGCUGCUCAUGGUCUGUUAUAUUUGUGGAUUUUGAUGCCCACAACCGGAACAGGCAGACUCUCUGCUCUUUGCUGCCCCGAGAGUCAAGGUCUCAUAAUACUGACGCAGCACUUUUGCCCUGUCUAAGUUACCCUGCGUUUGCUUUGGAUGAUGAGGUUUUGUUCAGUCAAACACUAGAUAAAAUUGUUAGAAAAUUGAAAGGAAAAUAUGGGUUUAAAAGAUUUCUAAGAGAUGGCUACAGAACUGCACUGGAGGACAAAACACGACGUUAUUAUAAACCUGCAGAAAUUAAGCUUUUUGAUGGCAUUGAGUGUGAAUUCCCUCUGUUUUUUAUUUACAUGAUAAUUGAUGGAGUUUUUAGAGGAAAUCCUGCACAAGUAAAGGAAUAUCAGGAUCUUUUGGAUCCUUUGCUUCAACAUACAUCUGAAGGGUGUCCUGUUGUACCCAAGUAUUACUAUGUGCCACAUGAUUUUGUUGAACUGGAAAAGAAGAACCCUGGCAGUCAGAGACGUUUUCCUAGUAACAACGGACGUGAUGGAAAGUUUUUCUUGUGGGGGCAGGCAGUUUACAUCAUUGCAAAACUCCUGGCUGACAAGUUAGUAAGUCCUAAAGACCUUGACCCUGUCGGACGUUAUGUGCCUCCCCAAGACCAGCGGAAUGUUAGCAUGAGAUUUUCAAAUCAGGGUCCUUUAGAAAAUGAUCUGGUAGUACAUGUGGCUCUGAUAGCAGAAAGUCAACGCCUACAAGUUUUUCUGAACACAUAUGGAAUCUUAACUCAGACUCCCCAGCAGGUGGAACCAAUUCAGAUAUGGGCUCAAAAAGAACUUGUCAAAGCUUACUUCCAUUUGGGAGUCAAUGACAAAUUGGGAUUAUCUGGAAGACCAGACAGGCCUAUAGGAUGCCUUGGAACAUCAAAGAUUUAUCGAAUACUAGGAAAGACUGUAGUCUGCUACUCCAUCAUUUUUGACCUAAGUGAUUUCUACAUGUCUCAGGAUGUUAUGAUGUUGAUCGAUGACAUUAAGAAUGCACUGCAGUUCAUCAAGCAGUACUGGAAAAUGCAUGGUCGUCCACUCUUUGUUGUACUUAUCCGUGAAGACAAUAUAAGAGGGAGCAGAUUCAAUCCAAUAUUAGAUAUGUUGGCAGCCUUUAGAAAGGGAAAUGUUGGAGGAGUAAAAGUUCAUGUUGACAGAGUACAGACAUUAAUAUCUGGAGCAGUUGUUGAACAACUUGACUUCCUAAGAAUUGCUGAAACAGAAGAGGCUCCUGUAUUUAGGAGUUUGGAGGAGCUUGAUCUACCAAAACAUUCAAAAGUCAAGAGACAGUCUAGUACUCCAAAUGCAUCUGAACUGGAGCAGCAACCGGAUUUAAAUAUUAACGACUGGAAAAACAAGUCAACAUAUGAGAUCCUGCAGAAACUUACUGAUUGCAAUUGCCUAGCAAGUCAGGCAUUACUCGCAAGUAUAUUGCUUAAGAGGGAAGGCCCCAAUUUCAUCACCAAGGAAGGUACUGUUGCUGAGCAUAUUGAAAGAAUCUAUAGACGAGCUGGCAGCAAAAAGCUCUGGUCUGUUGUGCGCUUCGCAGCAAGUCUUUUAGGUAAACUAGUGGACAGCCUUGCACCAUCUAUUACUAAUGUUUUAGUUCAGGGCAAGCAGGUGACACUUGGAGCUUUUGGCCAAGAGGAAGUAGUUAUUUCUAAUCCCUUAUCCCCGGGAGAGAUUAAGAAUAUCAUCUAUGAAAAGUGUCAUUUACAAGAUGAAAGAGAAGCUGUAGUUCAGCAGGAACUUGUCAUACACAUUGGCUGGAUCAUCUCAAAUUCACCUGAACUUUUCAGUGGUAUGCUGAAGAUACGGAUUGGAUGGAUUAUCCAUGCUAUGAAGCACGAGUUGAAAAUCCGUGCGGGGGAUAUGCCACCCAGGGACUUGUACCAGAUGUCCCCUAGUGAAGUGAAACAGCUUCUGCUGGAUAUUCUUCAACCACAGCAGCAGGGGAGAAGCUGGCUAAACAGAAGACAGCUAGAUGGUUCUCUCAAUCGAACUCCUGCUGGAUUCUAUGAUAGAGUGUGGCAGAUCUUGGAGAGAACCCCCAACGGUUUAAUUGUGGCAGGGAAGCUUUUACCACAGCAACCAACCUUAUCGGAUAUGACAAUGUAUGAAAGGAAUUUUUCCCUUCUGGUUGAAGAUAUGCUGCAAAACAUCGACCAGCCAGAAUACAGGCAAAUUAUUGUAGAGUUGCUGAUGGUUAUAUCUGUCAUUUUGGAGAGAAAUCCUGAGCUAGAGUUCCAGGACAAAGUGGACCUAGACAAAGUGGUGCAAGAAGCAUUUCAUGACUUUCAGAAAGAUCACAGCGGUCCAAAGGGAACUGAAAAACAACACAACAUGACUGCAUUCUACAACACUCAUCCAACUGGGAAAAAGGGAACAUGUAGCUUUUUAAGUAAGGCUGUGAUCACUUUAUUGCUGGAAGGGGAAAUGAAAUCAAGCAAUGACGAUCCUUGUACCAUUAGCUAAAGCUUGAAACAUACAGGAUUUUUUGCUUUAUUUAGUGUUCCAGGUAUUCUUCAUGCAUAUAUUAAAAAAGCAUUCUGAAGAGUAACCCGGGCUGGUAAUACAAAUCCUUUGCUGAUGGAAAUGCCAUUAAAGAUACUAAGUGCCACCUAAUUUUUUUCCUUUCUAAACUAUGCAGAAUGAGAGAGGAAGUGGUUAGAUUAAGCAGAAUGGAAUUAUAUUUAUGAUCUCACAUUAUGCAUUUCACCUAGUUGGUAACUUCAAAAGAAAUGAGAUUUUGUCUUUAUACCUCUAUUUAUGAUUGCAAACAAGUUUAUUGUAUAUUCUAAAUGAAAUUGAGAAAACACCACAAUAAACAUGCAUGCCAAUCACUGGAAGCAUGAAAAUUGCUUUUUAUGUGGAGGUGAAGGUCAAACAGUUAUGCUGUAAUGUGAACUGUUUAAAAAAAGUUUAGGUAUGUUUCAAAAAUUACUAGUUGAUAGAAUGAAGCCUGCAUAUCAAGUUAUCUAAAUGAGCCACUUUAUCUCUAGCAAUAAAUAUCGCUGCAUUUUCCAACUGUUUAAACAUCUCUAAGUUAAUAAAGGAAGCAUGAUAACAAGAUAUAUUUGUUUAUAAAAAAGGAAUCCAAGCUGUAUUUAAAAUCAGCAUUAAUGAAGAUGAAAUAUUAUAUCAUAUAAGCAUUAAAAAAUUCAUGUUACACUUAUGUCCUAAAUGUGUGGAAAGACUGUGUGCUAUAUUUUUGGCAAAAAUGAUGAAAAGCAAAUGCUUGUUAAAAACUCUGUCAAUAAAAAUACUUUAAGCUA